AUGAGCCCGCUACCAGAGCUCCUCCCCUCCUCCUUCGCCUGCACCCUCUGCUCUCUCACCCUCAGCUUUGCGCCGGCAAGGGAUAUCGCUGCACAGGAACACAUGACGCGUAUGGUGGCGCGUCUACGAAACUUCCCCGCCUUGCGCACCCUGCACAUCAGCAUUGCGGGAAACAUGUAUGGAUACCUCCUAUGUCACCCACCGAGUUCGUAUUCACGCGCGAUCCUGGAGAACAUCCGCGACCUUACCAUCCACGGCCCAUGGAUCCCAUCACUCGUUCCAGACUGCCCAAACAUCACGGACCUAACGCUCGGACUUCAUGAGCUGCGUUCGCAAAGCGCAGCUGGCCUCCAAUGGCCGGCACUGCGCACACUCGCCCUCGUUUAUGCACCCUACUCCAAUUUCCCGACUCGAGUCCAGUCAUCUUGCAUCACGCGUGCAAGUCGUCUCUGGCUCAAGCCCAGUCCCGCUCCCGCAGACCACUACCCGGACUCCGACUGGGACAGCGACUCUCCCACAGAGCACUGCAACCCGCCGGACUCCCAGCGCGAGACCGGCGAAUCCUUCGCCAACACACUUCCGGGUCUGUCGACCCUCUCGUUCUCCUGCACGCUGUAUUGGUUCUGCGAAAAGGCAGACCUCAGUGACGACGACGAUGGCGUUGACGGCUUUGACGACGACGGCGCUUAUGUUAGGUCUAGUGAGGAGGCCGGAACCGACGUCUGGGAUCCUCCCCGUCUCACCCCCAACGAAGCCGCCCUCGUCCGGGUCGCCGCCCGUCUGCGCUCUCUCCACCUCGACGUCCACCCAUCUGUGUACCGGGGCUACGUCUUUUGGUGGGAAACACUUACGAACGCCCUCCCGAACGUGCUUGCCGCCGCGCCGCUCGUGCACCUCACCCUCGUCCUCGUCCCAUACGACCACACAGCCGAGGAAGUGUCGAGCAGCUGGGCCGCGGACGAGCUCGCGCGCGUGCGGGCCGCGCGGGAGAUCCCGCGGCGCCUCGCGGAGGCGAUCGCGACGCUGCGCGUGCUGCAGGUCGGGGACGCGAUGCCCCAUGUGGCCUGGCUUCCGCCGCUGCAAGUCCGGCGUUACUACGGCGACAAAUACGACGACAAAUACGACGACAAGAGCGAGGAGGAAGAAUGGGAGCGUUGCGUUCAGGAGAUGGCCGCGAUGGAAGCGGUGCGGCAACGGCGAUGGUGGUGGAUCGAGAGGAGGGACAGCAGCGCGGUGAUGACGGAAAUUUGGAGGGAUGACGGGGAGAGGGCGCGGGAGUUGGUCGAGGAGGACGGAUUCGACCGCGACACGGGGCUUGAUGUGUCCCGGCCGAACAGACCCGUUGACGCCGAGAUGGAGGAGAGGAGGCGCGUCCUGGGAAGGAAGAAGGACGCGGGGUCAGUCGCGACGCACUGGAGAGGCUCGCGUCGGGCGACGGAGACCCACGAGAAGGCCCUUGUAGUUCCUGCCGGGAAUGCUAUGAGUCUCAUGUCCCUCGACGACGACGUCCUCCUGUGCAUCUUCGCUUAUCUGGACACAGAAGACGCUUUUCGGAUUGCGUUCACUGCCAAACGCCCCUACAUCCUCGCCCUCCCUUAUAGUCUCGCCGACGUCAACCUCACCUCUGCCCUCACAGGACGGACCGAUGGGCCCCUCAGUCGUCUCCCUGUGGAUUCUGUGCUCCGAAGAUUGGCAUAUGCUGAAUGGAUGAUCAAGCACGUCACAACGGUCUUGCCAGCCUGCCUGCGCUCACUCGCGAUACCGGACUUCCACCAUUAUCGGACGCAUAGCCCCGACCUCAUCAACCGGUUGGCCGACUUCACACAACUCCGCACACUCGUCCUCAGCAGCAUCCUUACCAUGCCCACAGACAAUACACCGCUCCCCGACCUUCCUCCUCUCGCCCUCGCCCAUACUCUCCACUCCCUCGACCUCGCCUUCCCAUCGAAAUGGGUCAUCGAGCAUCGGGAACACGUGGCCCACAUCGUGGCCCGUCUGCAGGCGUUCCCCGCCCUGCGCACCCUGUGCCUUCGCAGCAAUAGCAUGGUCACUCCUCAAGAAACAAGCGCACUACUUCUGCCGCCAUCUUCUCCGGCGCGCGCGACGCUACCGAACAUCCACAACCUUACAAUCUUACGCUGGAGCCCGCAGCCCGUUCCAGAAUGCCCGCAUGUCGAGGAAUUGACACUCGAUCCGGGCGAGCUGCACUCACAGAGCAUAGCGGGUCUUCAGUGGCCAUCAAUCCGUUCUCUAACCAUCUUGUACCACGGAGAAUACGACUGGCCGACUCGGCGUGGGGCUUCCUGUAUCAAGCGUGAACUCCCAGGUUUGGCCACGCUCCUGUUCUCCUGUACGCUAUUCUGGUUCCUCGAUCUGUCGGACAUACAAACGGGCCGCACCCCGGAGCCGGGCCGGUUCACCGACAACGAAACCGCGCUCGCUCGGGUCGCCGCACGCUUGCGCUCCCUCCACAUCGACGUCCACCACUCCAACCUCGUGAAGGACGCUUCCUGGGGCACGUUCGUGAGUGCGAUCCCGCAGGUGCUCGCCGCCGCGCCGCUCGUGCACCUCACCCUCGUCCUCGUCCCGCGCGACCACAAAUCCGACGCGGUGGUCCGGAGCAACUGGGCCGCCGACGAGCUCGCGCGCGUGCGGGCCGCGCGGGAGAUCCCGCGGCGCCUCGCGGAGGCGAUCGCGACGCUGCGCGUGCUGCAGGUUGGGGACGCGAUGCCCCACACGGCCUGGCUUCCGCCGCUGCAAGUCCGGCGUUACUACGGCGACAAAUACGACGACAAAUACGACGACAAGAGCGAGGAGGAAGAAUGGGAGCGUUGCGUUCAGGAGAUGGCCGCGAUGGAAGCGGUGCGGCGACGGCGAUGGUGGUGGAUCGAGAGGAGGGACAGCAGCGCGGUGAUGACGGAAAUUUGGAGGGAAGACGGGGAGAGGGCGCGGGACUUAGUCGAGGAGGAUGGAUUCGACCGCGCGACAGGGCUCGAUGGCUGCCGGGCCACGACACGCCAACAGUCAAGCGCGCUCAUGAUCAGCCAACACCUUGCGCAAGACCAUCGCGCACGAACGCGAUGUGCGGGCCUCGCGGAGGCCUUGCACCAGACAGAGGUGUCGGCGUUGAGUUACCACGCGCCCGGAGCAUCUCCCUCAGCCCGCGAGUAA